AUGAUCUCGACCAAGGAGAAGAAUAAAACCCCGAAGGACAGCAUGACGCUUCUGCCUUGCUUCUACUUUGUGGAGCUGCCUAUUGUGGCAUCCUCCAUUGUGUCCCUGUACUUCCUGGAGCUGACUGACCUUUUCAAGCCAGCCAAGGUGGGCUUCCAGUGCUAUGACCGCACACUUUCCAUGCCAUACGUGGAGACCAACGAGGAGCUAAUCCCACUGCUCAUGCUGCUCAGCUUGGCCUUUGCUGCCCCUGCCGCCUCAAUCAUGGUUGGCGAGGGCAUGCUGUACUGUCUGCAGUCCCGGUUGUGGGGCCGUGGUGGGGGACCUGGUGGGGCCGAGGGCAGCAUCAACGCUGGCGGCUGCAACUUCAACUCUUUCCUGCGGCGCACUGUCCGGUUUGUGGGCGUCCACGUGUUUGGCCUCUGUGCCACAGCCUUGGUGACUGAUGUCAUCCAGCUGGCCACAGGCUACCAUGCACCCUUCUUCCUCACGGUCUGCAAACCUAAUUAUACUCUACUGGGCACAUCAUGUGAGGUCAACCCCUACAUUACACAGGACAUCUGCUCUGGCCAUGAUACCCACGCCAUCCUGUCUGCACGGAAGACCUUCCCAUCCCAGCACGCCACACUGUCAGCCUUUGCCGCAGUCUAUGUGUCGAUGUACUUCAACUCAGUUAUCUCAGACACCACAAAACUGCUCAAGCCCAUCCUGGUGUUUGCCUUCGCCAUCGCAGCGGGCGUCUGUGGGCUCACUCAGAUCACACAGUACCGCAGCCACCCUGUGGACGUCUAUGCUGGCUUUCUCAUUGGUGCUGGCAUCGCUGCCUACCUGGCCUGUCAUGCAGUGGGCAACUUCCAGGCCCCUCUUGCAGAUAAACCAGUGGCCCCUGCACCCUCUAAGGAUGCGCUGCGGGCCCUGACACAGCGGGGCCAUGAUUCAGUUUAUCAGCAGAACAAGUCUGUAAGCACAGAUGAGCUGGGCCCUCCGGGGCGGCUGGAGGGUGUGUCACGGCCUGUGGCCCGGGAGAAGACCUCUCUGGGCAGCCUAAAGCGGGCCAGCGUGGAUGUGGACCUGCUGGCUCCACGCAGCCCCAUGGGCAAGGAGAACAUGGUGACCUUCAGUAACACAUUGCCCCGAGUCAACACACCCUCACUGGAUGACCCCGCCCGCCGCCACAUGACCAUCCAUGUCCCACUUGAUGCCUCUCGAUCCAAGCAGCUCAUCAGCGAGUGGAAGCAGAAGUCUCUGGAGGGCCGUGGCCUGGGGCUGUCCGAUGAGGCCAGCCCAGGGCACUUACGGGCACCCACUGAGCCCAUGGCAGAAGAAGAGGAGGAGGAGGAGGAGGAAGAGGAGGAAGAAGAGGAAGAUGAGGAGGAAGAUGGUCCUGCCCCACCCUCACUCUACCCCACUGUCCAGGCAAGGCCAGGGCUUGGGCCCCGGGUCAUUCUUCCAUCACGGGCAGGGCCACAACCCCUGGUGCACAUCCCUGAGGAGGGAGUGCAGGCAGGGGCUAGCCUGUCUCCAAAGAGCAGUGCCACAGUUCGUGCCAAGUGGCUCAUGAUGGCUGAGAAGGGUGGGGCAGCCAUGGCUUCCAGCACCACACAGCCCCGUGUGGCCAACCCACCACGGCUGCUGCAGGUGAUUGCCAUGUCUAAGGCCCCAGGUGGGGCUGGCCCCAAGGCAGCAGAGACUGCCUCAUCCUCCAGUGCCAGCUCCGACUCCUCACAGUACCGGUCACCGUCGGACCGAGACUCAGCCAGCAUCGUCACCAUCGACGCACAUGCACCCCACCACCCUGUGGUCCACCUGUCUGCGGGUAAUGCACCCUGGGAAUGGAAGGCGGCUGGAGGUGGGGCCAAAGUUGUGGAAGGUGAGGGUGGGUAUGAGCUGGGGGACCUGGCUCGUGGCUUCCGCAGUGGAUCCAGGCCACCAGGGGUAUCCCCUGGCUCAUCCGUCAGUGAUGUGGACCAGGAGGAGCCUCGGUUUGGGGCCGUGGCGACUGUCAACCUGGCCACAGGUGAGGGCCUGCCCCCGCUGGGCUCAGCUGAUGGGGCUUUGGGGCCAGCCAGCCGGGAUUCAAUGGUCCGGCACCAUGCAGGCAGCCUGGCGCUGGGGGAGAGGGAAGCUGGUGAGGCAGAAGUAGAAAGCUACUACCGGAAGAUGCAGGCCCACAGGUUCCAGGACUGA